GAGAGUGUGUGGUGAGGUGAAGACAGCAGCAGUAUACAGCACAGUAAACCUACACCACCUUCGUUAAAUGUUGCGGACACUCUGGUGUGUAUAAUGUAACGUGGGUGUACCUGUAUCGUGACGUGGGUGUACCUGUGUCGUGACGUUGGUGUACCUGUAUCUUGUGAAUACUGAGCUCAUUAUCUCUACGCCUGCUACUACUGCUGCUGCUGCUGACGAGGAUAUACGUAAAUAGCAGCAGUGAAACGAAAAGGAGGUAAAGGAAGAGGAGUCGAGGGAGGACAUCGACAGGGUGUCCUUGCCUCCUCCUACGUCGAGAUGUCAACGCCCUUAUUCACCCGGCUGAGCCUGCCGGAUGGGCUGGAGGAGCUGGUGGAGGUGCUAGCCAGGGAGGUCAUGAGGAACCAGUACUCUGACCCCUCAGAUAUAUACAACUUCGCCUGGAAGCACUUCUCAGAGAUGGUGGCACGCCGUAACGCCCUCCCUGGCAAAGAUGGCGCGCCGUACGGUGGUAGCAGACGCAGGAGGAUCUCCGCCAGCAGCCAGGGUGAAGCAGGCUCCCAGCGCACCAGCAGGAGGGGACCUGCUGGAGGUGGCACGGUGCCGACGAGCGUGGCGGGCAGGAAAAAGGAAGUAAAGCAUCUCAAGGAGGAGACACUGACGAAGACAGGGUCUCUUGAUCGCGCUGCCAACAGACCCGCCCGUCGAUCCAUAAUAGCUGACACCAAGGACAAAAAAAAGACCUGUCCUUGGCCGCCGCGCGUAGCCGCCUAA